AUGGAAGAAGUAACCAUGAAUAUGAUACAUAGGUUGCAUAAAGACAUCAUGUCAACAUUAAACUCGUUGGAGCCUUUUGACUGCGAUGGACAAGUUUGCUCGGUAGCUGUCAGAUGGCAAAAGUGGAAAAGAGCACUAGAAGUGUAUCUAGAAGCAGCUAACAUCGACAGCCCCGCUAAGAAGAGAGCAAAUUUGCUACACAUUGGUGGGCUAGGGUUACAAGAAAUAUAUUACAACCUACCUGGAGCUCAUAUUUCUGAACAAACCGAAGACGUUGAAAAUCCAGUGAAUGUCUACGAGAUAGCUAUAAGAAAGCUAGAUGAAUAUUUCGCACCAAAACAAAGAAAGGUGUACGAAAGACAUGUUUUUCGGCUAAUAAAACAGGAGAUGGAUGAAAAGUUCGAAAACUUCCUUGUGCGGCUGAGAAAUCAGGCAGAGAAAUGCGUAUUUAGCAACACCGAAGAAAACAUUAUAGACCAAAUCGUUGAAAAAUGCAGCCCAUCUGACCUUCGGAAGAAAAUAUUAACAAUUGGAGACACCACCUCAUUAGAAAACAUUGUUGCUGAAGCAAAUGCAUUGGAAGCAGUAUCAAGACAAAUGGAAGAAUUUGCUGAAAAGAAAACAGGCAUUGAAGGCCACAUUUCUUUUAACUGUCCAGCAAGAGAGAAAAUUUGCAAGAAAUGCAGCUACAAAGGACACGUCAGCAAGCAGUGCAGAACUAAGCCGGGGAAAAGAACACACUAUGAGAGCAUAACGGUCAAGAAAUCAAGAUACAGAGAGCCAGACAAGGACGACGACGAUCACAACACAAACUAUGUGUUCCACAUUGACAAUGAUUGUGACAUAUUAUGUAUGAUUGGAGGUAUACCAGUUCAGAUGGUAAUCGAUUCUGGUAGCAAGUGUAACAUAUUAAAUUACGAAACAUGGACGUACCUAAAGAAUUCGCAGGUAUCGGUGUCAAAUCAAAUAAAACGACCCAAGAAAAUUCCCAUGGCUUAUGCUAGCAAAGAACCGUUAACCAUUCUUGGGUGUUUUGAUGCUGAGAUUAAGGUGUCCUACGGACUUGGAAUUUCUGCUCAAUCAGAGGUUAAUGCCAUAUCUGCUUUUCCCAAGUUUAAAAAUGUUGCAGUCGAUAUUCCCAAUGAUCAGAGCAUAAAACCAGUGAUUCAGCCAUAUCGCAGGAUACCAAUCCCCCUGGAAACCAGAGUGCUUAAAAAAAUUGAGGAAAUGGUAAAUUCAGACAUAAUUGAACCAGUAGAUGGCCCUUCCAGAUGGGUAUCACCUAUGCUACCUAUUCUAAAACCAGAUGGGGAAGUUAGACUUUGUAUCGAUAUGAGAAGAGCAAAUAUGGCGAUACUAAGAGAAAAUCAUCCAUUACCAACAAUGGAUCAGAUGAUGCCAAACUUCAGAAAAGCAAGACUUGUAUCAAGGCUGGACGUAAAAAAUGCUUUCCAUCAAAUCGAAAUUAGCGAAGCAUCGAGACCUAUUACUACAUUUAUAUCCAGCAAAGGUAAAAGCAAUAUUGCCGAUCCCCUCUCCAGGCUUUGUAAAUUAGCACCAAAAGAAAAUUCUUUUGAUGAGGGGGAGCAUAUCCAUCAAAUUGUAGAAUAUUCACGACCCAUCGUAUUAUCAUUAUCACAAAUCAAAGAAAAAUCCAACACCGACGAAGAAAUUCGCAAGGUUUACAAAAUGAUUUACUCAAACGAAUUCGAUGAAAAAACGAAACCCUUCCAAGCAUUCAUACCAGAGUUGUGUUUCUUUGACAACAUCCUUCUGAGAGGAACCAGAAUAGUGAUUCCUGCUGAUUUAAGACUUGCAGUUCUUCAAGCAGCCCACGAAGGCCAUCCCGGAAUAGUGGGAAUGAAGAACCGUUUACGUACUAAAGUUUGGUGGCCUAAAAUGGACACAGAUGCAGAGAAGUUCGUAAGAGCCUCUAAAGGGUGUACGUUGGUAUCUAUACCAAAUGCGCCCACCCUAAUGAAGCGACGUGAACUACCUACAGAAUCAUGGAUUGAUGUGGCGGUAGACUUCCUAGGCCCUCUACCGAGUGGCCAUUAUCUAUUUGUGGUCAUCGACUACUUUAGUCGUUAUAAAGAAAUAAAAGUUAUGAAGUCCAUAACAGCAUCUAAUACAGUUAGCUGCCUCAAAGAAAUCUUCUCUAGGCUAGGUUUCCCAGUUUCGAUUACAGCAGAUAAUGGGAAGCAAUUUAUUUGUGAGGAAAUCACACAAUUCUGUAAGGAUGCAGGAAUUAAGGUAUAUAACACGAUACCAUACUGGCCCCAGCAGAAUGGACAAGUCGAGCGACAGAAUAGAGACAUUUUAAAAAGGCUCAAAAUCAGUCGAAUACAGAAAACAGACUGGAAGCAGGACCUGUUGGAUUACCUAAUGAUGUAUAACGCAACACCACAUACAACAACAGGAAAACCGCCAGCAGAACUUUUCUUUAGGAGGCAAUUCCGAGACAAAAUACCAGCAAUUCCAACUUUGAACAGUUCUAUCGUAGACGAAGAAACUCGAGACAAUGAUUUGAUGAACAAAUUUUGGGGCAAGAAAUACAGCGACGCCAAAAGAAAAGCAAAAGCGGAUGACAUCCGAAUAGGACGUAAAAAGACGUAA